AUGGGGCCAGUCGCCUACUUCUGCCUCAGCCUCCUCGGCUGCCUGAUCUUUAACCCCUCGCUGGAAGGAAUCGGGGCCACGUCCUGUCCCAGUGGCUGGCUGUUCUACCGAGGACACUGCUAUGGCUUCUUCCCCAUAAAGAAGACCUGGGCAGAGGCUGAG